AAUGCGCCUCGAGGAGUCGAGGAGGUGGAAAUUUGGGAAGUGAGAAAGGCCCUCUCAGUCUCGUCGCCUUUUCUCUCUGUCAGGCUCCAGAACCGGUCUGAACACGUUGAAUCCGGCUCUGACCGCGACAACAGUCCCGAGCUCAGAUUGACAAACGAACUUCAGAGGCGCUUUCCCGCUCCGCUUGUUGUUGCCCUCUCCAUGUCACCGCAGCGCGAGACUGACCGCGAGUAACGGAGGCGGAACCCGAGGACGGAAUAAAGAGAAGAAGAAGAGGCAACAUGGAUCCACUGGACUCGGGGGAGAAGUCCGCUCAGGAACAGGAUCUUGAAGGCGACACGGAGCUUCCGUUCCUGCAGCCAGAGUCCCAGGAUCAGGAGAAGGCUCCCGGCAGCAGGACCACCCUGUGGAUUGGAGUCGGUCUGCUGCUGUCUUCUGCUGCCGUGGCUCUGCUGACCGGGAUGCUGGUCUGGCACUUCCACUUACGGCAGGAUGUCCGAGAGAGCAGGGUUUAUGUCGGCUCGAUGGAAAUUGAUAACCAGAAUUUCAAGUCAGCGUAUGAAGAUCCAGAGAGUCCAGAGUUUACAAACUUGGCCUCUCUGGUCAGCCAGCAGCUGAAACUGAUUUACUCCAAAAACUCUGUGCUGGCCAAAUACUAUAAAGGCUCCACAGUCCAGGCCUUCAGUGAAGGAGACGCCGGAGGAGACAGCGUCGUGGUGUAUUACCAGUCGGAUUUUGAGGUCCACCCCUCCCAGCAGGCGGUGCUGGACGAAGCCAUCGAGUCUCUGGAUUCUCCUGCAGAAAGUCAGCAGAGCCGACAUGGACGGAUCCUGCUGAAACCUGUCAAUGCUCUGAACGUCAACGGGGUCAUCUCACGAGCUGUAGACCCACGCAUGACCAGGACCACUUUACUUGAGAAAAAGUCUUUCAACAUCCACGUCAGUAAAGCAGGAGGAGUCAUGUCUCCGGGGUUCCCAGACUCUUUAUACCCACCAAACAUCCACCUGCAGUGGACACUGAGGGCCGACCCGGGCCACCGAGUCCAACUGGACUUCCACACCUUGAUCCUGGAGGACGACUGUCAGAAAGACUUCAUAAAGAUCUAUGACUCCCUGGCUCCGAUAGAGAACCGAGUCCUGACAGAGCAGUGUGGAUACCCUCGUGACUCGCUGUCCUUCGUGUCCUCUGGAAAUGUCAUGUUGCUGAUUCUGGUCACCAGUGAGGAGAAGAACUUCCCCGGCUUCAUGGCCAACUACUCCCAGAUCCCUCAGACUGCACAAAGUACGACAGGAAGUCACGUGUCCCGGUGCUGGUGGGAGUGUGGAGGUACGCUGACCGGAGACAAAGGCUUCUUCUCCUCACCUUUCUUCCCUUCCAACUAUCCUCCACAAACCACAUGCGUCUGGAACAUCGAGGCCACACAGGACAAGUUUGUGAAAGUUCAGUUCUACAAGUUCUUCUUGGGCAAAUACAGUAGCCAGUGUCGCAACGAUUACGUUGACGUCAAUGGUCAAAGACUGUGUGGCAGUAAGCAAGAAAGGACCGUGGUCACCAGCCAAAGCAACAUGAUGACCAUCACAUUUAACUCGGACUCGUCCUACGUUGACCAGGGUUUCACCGCAGAGUACCAAGCCUUUGUCCCAACUAACCCUUGUCCCGGAAGGUUCCAGUGCACCAACAACCUGUGCAUCAACAAGACUCUGCAGUGUGACGGCUGGAACGACUGUGGAGACGGCAGUGACGAGAACAACUGCACGUGCGAGGGGUCUCAGAUGAAGUGUAAAAAUGGCCGGUGUAAGCCGAAGUUCUGGGAAUGCGACGGUUUUGACGACUGUGGAGACAACACUGACGAGGAGAGCUGUGUAAAAUGCAAAGCAGGAGAGUUUUCCUGCAGAAACAACCGCUGCAUCCCAGAGAACCUGAAGUGUGACGGAAAAGACGACUGUUCAGACGGAUCGGAUGAGUCUAAAUGUCAAAAAUCUCUGGUGUUGCAGCAGUGUUCAGAGUUCACCUUCCGCUGCAGGAGCGGACACUGCAUCAGUAAGCUGAACCCGGAGUGUGACGGCGAGCAGGACUGCGAGGACGGCUCUGAUGAAAGCGACUGCCAGUGCGGGACGCGGCCGUACCUGAGCUCUCGUGUGGUGGGGGGUCAGGCCUCUGAAGAGGGGGAGUGGCCUUGGCAGGUCAGCCUCCAUAUCAGGGGAAUAGGUCACGUGUGCGGAGCGUCGGUGCUGAGCAACCGCUGGCUGCUGACGGCGGCACACUGCGUCCAGGACAACGGGCCAAACAAGUACUCCCAGGCAGACCAAUGGGAGGCCUUGCUGGGUCUGCUUGUGCAGAGUCUGACCAACGAGUGGACGGUGAGGAGGAAUGUGAGAAGGAUCUUUGCUCACCAGGACUACAACCCCAUGACCUAUGACAACGACAUCGCUCUGAUGGAGCUGGACACCGACGUCACCCUCAACCAGAACAUCUGGCCCAUCUGUCUGCCCUCCCCCACCUACGACUUCCCAGCAGGCCAAGAGGCGUGGCUCACUGGCUGGGGGGCCACCAGAGAAGGAGGCCUUGCUGCGACCGUCCUGCAGAAGGCGGAGGUUCGGAUCAUCAACAGCACGGUGUGUAAGAGUCUGAUGAACGAUGAGGUCACUGACAGGAUGCUGUGCGCCGGAGUCCUUAAAGGAGGCGUGGACGCCUGCCAGGGCGACUCUGGCGGACCGUUGUCCGUCACCGGACCGGGAGGGCGGGUCUUCCUGGCCGGCGUGGUGAGCUGGGGCGAUGGCUGCGCUCGCAGGAACAAACCUGGAAUCUACACCCGAGUCACCAAAUACCGCACCUGGAUAAAGGAGCACAGUGGCGUGUAGCAGCAGAUCACAGAUUUCUCAUGGAUAUUAUACUGGAGGUGAAUGUGGGCUGAAUGUAUUAUUAUGAUUAUUAUUAAUAUUCACAGCAGAAUCUGUGAAUUAUGCAUUCAUUUUAAAGUUUAUGUAUUAUUCUGAAAAGCUAAUUACCAUUCAUGUUGGGACCCAGGAAUUCUCUCAAUGCAUAAUUUAUUAUGAAUUUUACAAUGACUGGCUUUGUAGUAAAUUGUAAUUGAAAGAAUUUAUGUUCCUCUAAAAGAUCAAAAGUAUGUAAAUAAUUUAUGUAAAUGAUGCUAAAAAAAUAUUUUUUUAUUUUACCUUUGUUUAACCAGAAAAAUCUCAUUGAGAUUAAAAAUCUGUUUUCCAAGAGCGUAAACUGCUCCUGAUGGUUCCUGACCCUGAUUGUUGCUAUCACCCUGUGUGGCAGCUUGUCUCCACUGGUGUGUGAGCAGCAGGAAAAGCACUGUUAACCAUUUAAAUUCAGAGGUUUGAUCUGGCUUCAUACCAAGUCAAUAAACAUCAACAUUCAAUAGCGCUACAAAGCUGAAUAUACCCUUAAAGGUUCCUGAGAGCUCUCUUGCACAAGGGUUUUUUUUGCAAAGCAAACAGAACAAAAACUCAUGUCAAACUCUUUUUAAAUACAAUACAUGAAUGUUGGAUUGGACCUUGGUGCCAAUAUUCAAUAGUUAGGAACAUGGAUGAGUUUCAGAAAUCACACAGGAUUGAAAAGUUUAGCAUCUGUACAAUUUCGUAGACAUUUUUGUUUUCUCAUUGAAGUCUCGGUAUUUGACCUUCUUCUCCUUGUUGAGCAGAACUUUGUUACAGCAGCUUGUAUUCAUGUUUUGUCUUUGUGGUUUUCUGCUGAAUGUAUUUAUUUGUAGAGUGUUGCCUCAUGUAAAUUUGGAAUUUUGGAUCCAC